CCAGGCGGUGAGCUCCCCCGAUGCCCGGCCCCAGCGCGCAGGACCUGUCGUGCUAGCUGGCCCGAGGCAGCGGGCACCCCCAGGGUCAGCUGCCAGCCAGCCCCGACCAUAGGGUGGAGCCGGAGGUGGCCUCUGAUCCGCUGGAUGAGCUUUCUGCUGGUGCCUAGAGCUCGCUAACCAGGCCAGCAGCAUGGACUUCGUGAUGAAGCAGGCUCUUGGCGGAGCCACCAAGGACAUGGGCAAGAUGCUGGGGGGCGAGGAGGAGAAGGACCCCGACGCCCAGAAGAAGGAGGAGGAGCGGCAGGAGGCGCUGCGCCAGCAGGAGGAGGAGCGCAAAGCCAAGCACGCCCGCAUGGAGGCCGAGCGCGAGAAGGUCCGGCAGCAGAUCCGCGACAAGUACGGACUGAAGAAGAAGGAGGAGAAGGAGGCGGAGGAGAAGGCGGCGCUGGAGCAGCCGUGCGAGGGCAGCCUGACGCGCCCCAAGAAAGCCAUCCCGGCGGGCUGCGGCGACGAGGACGAGGACGAGGAGGAGAGCAUCCUGGACACGGUGCUCAAGUACCUGCCCGGGCCCCUCCAGGACAUGUUCAAGAAGUAACCCCUCCCCGCCCCUUCUUCCCCCUUUUCUUUUCCUCCCCUCGCCCCGUCCCAGGUGCCCCGGGGGGGCCGUGCCCACAGCCAUGGGGCUGGCACUGGGCGGGCAC